UUUAAAAAUAAACGCAAUAUAAUGGCCAUCUAUUUAAGAAAUUAACCCUGAUAAAAUCUCAAACAUAAACUAAAAUAUAGCACCAAAUAAAAACUCAAUAAAACCUAGUUAUCACCAGCAAAUGUGAUAACCACCUGGAUCCAGGAAUUUACUGAACUUCAAAUCCUCAAUUAAAAAUAAAGUAAUAUUUAUCACUUUAUUAUGACACUGAAAUACUGAAACAAAAUAAUAUCUAGCUAGAAGCCGCCAAGGUCAUUCCCGUUAACUCAUCUUGGCACGCGUUCCACUCUCUCAUCAUCUUCCUCGGCCUGAGCCUUACCCUUAGCUUUAGUAUCUGUACAUGCGAAGAAAGAAAACUGAUAAGCUUUACGCUUAGUAAGUCACUAUGGAUCCACAAAAAUAUGUAGAAGUCUAUGCCAAUUUAUCAAUGGAUAAAUUUAGGCUAUAAGCAUGCACUGAACAAAUAACUAACACACAACUUUUCAAAUACAUUUGAUGGAGAUCUCAAAACGAAAAUAUUUUCUAAAAUAAUUUCUCAAAACUGCUGGAGAGAUCUCAAAAACGUCUUUCUGUAAAACUUUCUGAAAGAGAUCUCAAAAACGUCUUCCUGAAAAAGAUUUCAUUAUACUUUCUGUACAACUCUUUGUGGCUAAUUUUAACUGUGGGCCCGUGAUAUGUACUCAAAGGCGCCAAUCCGACAGCUCAGGGGAGCGACCCACUAAACAUACCGGACUAUCUGAAACUGAUAAACUGAUAAACUGAGGGAGCUUGUUUCCGUGUACAUAUCACCUGAUCUUUCUCUUUAAAUAUUAGUUCUUUUUACGGUGACAUUUGACUAAAAACAUCAUUAAACCUGAAAACAAAAGUACUGACAAAUCUUGACUAUGCCAGAUAAUAAACAUAACUUAAUCCAGCAAAUAAAAUAAGUCAUCACAUAAUUCACCGAGUUCACAUCAUAGCAAAUAGUCUAAAAUUAUCUAUUAAAAAUCAACCAGACUUCUUUCUUGCAUUUGGUUGAACAAACAUGUAUAGGUGGUAGUGAACUUACCUGAUAAAAGCUGAACUCAAAAUACCCGAUUUAGUGUGGCGCCUUGAUAACGUCUUCCGAUAAGCCCUUCACUUAAAUCUUUAUUUAGAAUAGUCAAAAUUUAGAAUUCUUAUCUAAUGAGCCAGAUAGCUAAAACUUUAAAUUCAAUUCCUACGGUUAAAAGCACAAACGAUAUCUCCCAGUUAACUUUAAAACACACUUCAGAUUUUUAUAAUACCAUCAUGCCGCAGUUCGUAACCCCUUCAAAAUUAAAACUAGCAUAGAAGUCAGUUCUCUCAAUAUGAAAACUGCUGUUGUAACUUAUAAACAAUAACUUCGAAUGAAUAUUAAAAUUUUUUUAAAUUUUGAAAUCUGUUUGCAGCACACUUAAAAUCCAGAUUAUUCUUUACUAACCCCAAAGCUGUAGAACCUGCCCUCAAAAUAAGAUACACACAAGCAUCAUAGGUUUUCAAUAUGACGGCAACAAAAUCAAAUCAAUCUUAGGUAAAAGGUUGUUCUUAGGAUAAUUUUUCAAGCAGGAAAAUUUUACUAAAAGAAACUCUCACUAAAAGAAGAAGCCCCAAUCUAAUAAACACAUCUUACUAACUACUCAAAAAUCAAUUUUGAGCACAGACCCGUAGCAAAGAAUUCAAACUCUCACCAUAAUAAUAAUAAUUGAUCCGAAUUUAAUAUAAUAAUAAUCAAUAGAGAAACUCCUUAGGAAAAUACACCCUUUACCAAAAUAACAAAUCGGUUCAGGAAGACUUAUAUGACACCUACCCCACUGCAGCAGCAGAAACUUGCUCAAUCUAAAAGAAUUAUGUUGCUAGCAAUCUCUUAAAGUAGGUGGAAACAAGAAAUAGCAGUAGGGAAACUUUUGAAUUUUACACCAAGAGGUAAAACAAUUAACCCCAAAACUAGUAGGAUUACAAGAUCUAAUGGUGUUCUCACGGUAGCAAAUAAAACAUAUAGAGGACUCAGAAGCUUACCGGGCAAGAUGGUGAUCUGUAACUCGAAUAGAAGUUCUUGAUUGAAUUUAGGGAGAAGUACUUUGAGAGGAAGAGAAAAAAAAUGAUUGCUGCUACGGGAAGAAAUAUUGACGUAUGUGGGAAAUUUUAGGGCUUAACAUAUACAAACCUACACACGAAUACUCCUAAAGGGCUUUUAAAUAAAAACAAUAAUAAGAAUACUUAUCUGACCCAAUUAACCGAUCUGGGUAGCUGAUUAUCUCUUAAAAAAUUUAACAUUAAAAGUAUUUUCUAUUUCAAAAUAAACUGAUUAAGCUUUAAUUUAUUACUUGCCAGAACAACACAUGAUCAAACAAUAAAUCACAUCAUUCAUAAAAUAUCUUAUUUAACUGACUAAAUAAAAUAAAAGAUUAAUAUAACUAGCUCAUAAAAAUUGGGGUGUUACAACCCCUCUCACCUUAUAAAAGUUUCGUCCUCGAAACUUAGAACAACUUGGGAUAACGACGUUCCCAUAAUAUUUCUUUUCUGACUUCUCACAUUGUUUUAGUGCAACUAUAACAGCUUAGUACUCCGUAUCUUUUACAAGGUUACUUCUUUAUUUUCGGAGCAUGUAACUUUAAAUUCUAAAAAUGCACUGAUUUUUCUUCUAAUUACCAGGCUGGUGGUACUAGUAGUUUUGGGGAUUGAUACAACUACUUUAUAUAAUGACCUACACCAAUAUCUCAACAACUCUAUGAUAAUUGACCUUAGUAAGAUUUUUUUUUUUGCAUGUUUUCUCUUGAAACACCAAAGCACAAAAACACAAUCUCACAACAGUCUUUAAAAUCACCUUCUACCAGUAUGCUUAAAUAGGUUAAACUUGUAGAAAAUUUAAGAAUAUAACUCUGUCAUUUUUUAAGAAUCUAGCAUUACAAUAUAAAAAAAAUGUUUCAUUCUCUGUCAUUUUUUAAGAGAGCAUCCUUACAAUUUGUUUACGAUGUGGGGGAGGAUGAGGAUUUCUCAUUCACCAUUUUAUUGAUUCUAUCAAACAAAUUGCUUUAUUUACGUUAAAUUCACUUUAUUCUACGUAGUACUAGCCAUCGCACAACUUGUUCAUGAUAUCAGUAUUAUGAAACUUUAAUGAUGGUUAAACUCAGUAAUCAUACUAACAUAGUAUUAUUUAUUUACUGUUGGAUCCUUGAGAUAUUUUUUUUUGCUUCUUGUGCGUUAAAAAGUACUCACAUCGAGCACAUCUUUUAUAAUUUCAGGAAAGAAAAAAAAUCAUUCAUUUUCUGUGUUACACUUGUACUAUUUGCAAUCAAGGUGGCUCUCCACAUAAAAAUAUUUGCUAAAGCAUAACAGGAAAUCUUCAUUUGUUUUAAUAACCCACCGUAAUCUGACUUAUCUAUUAUACCAAAAGAAAUUCUUUUUUUUAAAAGUCUAAAAUAUAUUAAACUACUAAACUUAUUUUUUUACCACUCAAGCAUCUCAAAAUUACAUUUUCCUCAAAAGAAAACUUUCUUAUGGUUCUAUACCUCUGGAACCCAAAACUAUAUCUUAACUCAUCAGUAUACUGAAAUAGUCAUGAAGCUAACUAUAGUUUCCUAUUAGAUCUUGUUUUUCUUCUAAGUUGCAACUUUAAACAUUUAUAAUACAGUGAGCAUCUGACUUCUCCAAACUUUGAACACAAUUUACUUUUUGAGAUUUAUACCCUCCCUGCCUGGAGUAUACUCUUUUUGGAUAGGUGAUGUUAAAAGUACAUAUUCUAGGGUUCUCACAAGAAAACUAACGUGGGUUAUUAACAAAUUGAACUUAUGGUUCUGAUUAGUUUCAGAAGUUCAUGAUAUAUAUUAAAUAUUGUUUUACAAAACCAACUUAACUUCACCAAAUCACAUAAAAGUUUGAGCCAAAAUAUUAUCUUGAAUUAGUCUGUGCGGGGAGAUACAGUGAACUAUCUCAACUGUAGAGCUUCUCAAUCCUUCAAUCUAACUAUAUGCUAAAUGAUUCUAAAUCUCUGUCCACUUGCUUGUUAUAGCAUUGGAAAAAAAAAUUAAGCUGACUCUGUCAUGUUAAAAUCUAUUUCUUAUCCAAUUGUACAUUACUCAAAGUAUAAAUUUACGCGAGAUAGGAGUUACCCACAUUUUGUUUUGUUAUUAAGUUGUGAUGUAUACAUCUAUAAAUUCAUUAACAUAUCUACACUAUAAAUAUCCCUCAUUUGUUAGGAAUCUGCACUAUGUGAGUGUGGGAGAGAGAGACAAGUAAGAGCAUAGACUUUGUGCUAAAAAUUAAAGAGUGUACGACUCUCCUAAAAGUAAGGUGGAAUGGAAUUUCAAGUCUACCGGUUACAAAAUAAUACCCCUUCAAUGAAAAGCACAAUAUCGCUUUCAUAUUUGAAGUAUGAGAAGAAGAAGCAAAGGCAAAGAAUUCUUUAUGAUAUAGAGUUUAAUUAUUAUACCCUUAACAGACUUACAAAAAACUAAUUACUUGAAGGAGGAAAAGAGUUAUUUCAGAAUACUUCACUCUAUCAAAGCAUAGGGAAACCCUUGUGAUCUUUUUGCAAAGGACACUAGUAUAUACAGAUAAGACUCUCUUGUUUUGAUCAUAUUCUAGGCAAGACUUUAUUCAUACUAUUUUACUCAAUCAACAGUGAUAUAGUACAACUUGCCAAACUUUUGGGGAUUUAACCUUUGAGUUGUUGAUGACUCUAACAAAAGAAAAGUUUGUUGUGUCAAACUCUCUUUAUUCUCACCAAGACUUCUACUAUUCAAAGAGCAUGCUAGUUCCCGACACAAGCUCAAAGAAUGAUGUCUACAUAUACUCGUAUGUAAAUGCUAAAAGGAGCUUGUUGGUACAUUAUCCUAUAUGCUAUUGAAAGCCUCAUUCUCUAGAUCUUAAUGUAUUGACACACACUUGACAUAUCCCUAUAUCGUGUGCAUGAGAUCAUAAGACUCAUGAUUUACCAGAGACUAGUUUGAUCUAAUCCUUCCACUCAUCUCUUCUAAUCUAACUUUUAAGAACCCGUUUCAUUAAAAACUUUUGAAACACGUAGAUAGGCUUUAUUGGCAGGUCAUGGUAAGGAUGUUUAAGUGAUGACACCCAAUCUAUUUUGGUAACCAACGGGAAAAAACUCAUAUGACGACUACCGUAGUAAAAAAAAUGUACAAACACCGUUUUAAUCGCAUUGCCAAGGCUGAAAAUGUUUUAAAAAAAAUUCUUAAAGGCAUUUCAAAAUUCAACUUUCUUCUAAACACACUUUAAAACUUAUUUUAAAAAUAAUAUGCAUUUGCAACUUGAAAGACCACAUACUUUUGAAUAAUAUGAUCGAUAAAACGGUGUUUGACUACCGGUAUCUAAUAUUGGAAUCCACAAAUUGAUGAGGGGCCCUCCCAACAACUUAAGAUUCCAAACACGAAAUACCGACACUCAACACGCUAGAAAAAUCAUGCAGCUUAUGAUACCUUUAAUAAAUCAUUUGAAACUACUAAUUAAGUUUCUGAAACCAAAAUGAAGCUUCAAUAUUUUACACACACAAAAAUUAAGCUAUAACUUAUAACUCUUUUAAAUAAUAAGAUAAUGUAAAAAGCAUGAGCAUUUUUUUUUUAUGAUUUUUCAAUAAAUAAAUAAAUAAAUACAUAACAAACUUAUUUGUAUGCUUAUGAAAAUUCUUCAUCUCAUGUAGAUUCACUUACAUGUGAUGCUUUAGAAAAUAUCAGACAAAUUCAUUAUUAUUUUUCUAAAAAAAUAACUAACAAGAUUCAUUAUUAUUCUUCUAGAAAAAUAUCAGAUUAACUCAUUAUUAUUCUUCAAAAAAAAAACCAGCUAAUGACAUUUUGUAUUUUUUAAACUCGUAUUUUAAUCAUUAGUAACCUCUAUGAUGAGAAACACUUGCUAUGGAAGACCAACAAGGCUAAAAUGGAAGGCUACGAAUACGUAAUUACGAGAGGCAUAUUACCCAGAACGAUUAUGUUUGUAAACAACAACCAUAAGUACUUCCUAAAUGAAAUAUAAGACCUAACUCAAGAAUUAUAGGUACUCGAAGAAAAUUUAAUCUGAAUAACUCGUAAUAACACAAGGUUUUACGAGUUGAGUACAUACUACUUUUUCUGGACUUUUCAUCUAACUAAUGCCAACAACAUUCACAUAUUUUCACAUAGAUAACUUUUAGCAUGAAUUAGUACUUACUUGGAAGAUGACGAGCACGUGUACGGUGACAAAUGAAGUUACCGGACAACCUGGGCUCUGAUACCAAAUUUGUAACGCCCCUCUCAGGGUUAAAGAAAACGUUACACUAACUUACUACUUUUAAAAAUAAAUGCAAUAUAAUGGCCAUCUAUUUAAGAAAUUAACCCUGAUAAAAUCUCAAAUAUAAACUAAAAUAUAGCUCCAAAUAAAAACUCAAUAAAACCUGGUUAUCACCAGCAAAUGUGAUAACCACCUGGAUCUAGGAAUUUACUGAACUUCAAAUUCUCAAUUAAAAAUAAAGUAAUAUUUAUCACUUUAUUAUGACACAGAAAUACUGAAACAAAAUAAUAUCUAGCUAGAAGCCGCCAAGGUCAUUCCCGUUAACUCAUCUUGGCACGCGUUCCACUCUCGCAUCAUCUUCCUCGGCCUAAGCCUUACCCUUAGCUUUAGUAUCUGUACAUGCGAAGAAAGAAAACUGAUAAGCUUUACGCUUAGUAAGUCACUAUGGAUCCACAAAAAUAUGUAGAAGUCUAUGCCAAUUUAUCAAUAGAUAAAUUUAGGCUAUAAGCAUGCACUGAACAAAUAACUAACACACAACUUCUCAAAUACAUCUGAUGGAGAUCUCAAAAGGAAAAUAUUUUCUAAAAUAAUUUCUCAAAACUGCUGGAGAGAGAUCUCAAAAUUUCGUCUCAAAACAUCUCUGUAAAACUUUCUGAAAGAGAUCUCAAAAUUGUCUUUCUGUAAAACUUUCUGAAAGAGAUCUCAAAAACGUCUUCCUCAAAAAGAUUUCAUUAUACUUUCUGUACAACUCUUUGUGACUAAUUUUAACUGUGGGCCCGUGAUAUGUACUCAAAGGCGCCAAUCCGACAGCUCAGGGGAGCGACCCACUAAACAUACCGGACUAUCUGAAACUGAUAAACUGAUAAACUGAGGGAACUUGUUCCCGAGUACAUAUCACCUGAUCUUUCUCUUUAAAUAUUAGUUCUUUUUACGGUGACAUUUGACUAAAAACAUCAUUAAACCUGAAAACAAAAGUACUGACAAAUCUUGACUAUGCCAGAUAAUAAACAUAACUUAAUCCAGCAAAUAAAAUAACUCAUCACAUAAUUCACCGAGUUCACAUCAUAGCAAAUAGUCUAAAAUUAUCUAUUAAAAAUCAACCAGACUUCUUUCUUGCAUUUGGUUGAACAAACAUGUAUAGGUGGUAGUGAACUUACCUGAUAAAAGCUGAACUCAAAAUACCCGAUUUAGUGUGGCGCCUUGAUAACGUCUUCCGAUAAGCCCUUCACUUAAAUCUUUAUUUAGAAUAGUCAAAAUUUAGAAUUCUUAUCUAAUGAGCCAGAUAGCUAAAACUUUAAAUUCAAUUCCUACGGUUAAAAGCACAAACGAUAUCUCCCAGUUAACUUUAAAACACACUUCAGAUUUUUAUAAUACCAUCAUGCCGCAAUUCGUAACCCCUUCAAAAUUAAAACUAGCAUAGAAGUCAGUUCUCUCAAUAUGAAAACUGCUGUUGUAACUUAUAAACAAUAACUUCGAAUGAAUAUUAAAAUUUUUUUAAAUUUUGAAAUCUGUUUGCAGCACACUUAAAAUCCAGAUUAUUCUUUACUAACCCCAAAGCUGUAGAACCUGCCCUCAAAAUAAGAUACACACAAGCAUCAUAGGUUUUCAAUAUGAUGGCAACAAAAUCAAAUCAAUCUUAGGUAAAAGGUUGUUCAUAGGAUAAUUUUUCAAGCAGGAAAAUUUUACUAAAAGAAACUCUCACUAAAAGAAGAAGCCCCAAUCUAAUAAACACAUCUUACUAACUACUCAAAAAUCAAUUUUGAGCACAGACCCGUAGCAAAGAAUUCAAACUCUCACCAUAAUAAUAAUUUAUCCGAAUUUAAUAUAAUAAUAAUCAAUAGAGAAACUCCUUAGGAAAAUACACCCUUUACCAAAAUAACAAAUCGGUUCAGGAAGACUUUUAUGACACCAACCCCACUGCAGCAGCAGAAACUUGCUCAAUCUAAAAGAAUUAUGUUGCUAGCAAUCUCUUAAAGUAGGUGGAAACAAGACAUAGCAGUAGGGAAACUUUUGAAUUUUACACCAAGAGGUAAAACAAUUAACCCCAAAACUAGUAGGAUUACAAGAUCUAAUGGUGUUCUCACGGCAACAAAUAAAACAUAUAGAACUCAGAAGCUUACCGGGCAAGAUGGUGAUCUGUAACUCGAAUAGAAGUUCUUGAUUGAAUUUAGGGAGAAGUACUUUGAGAGGAAGAGAAAAAAAAGGACUGCUGCUACGGGAAGAAAUAUUGACGUAUGUGGGAAAUUUUAGGGCUUAACAUAUAUAAACCUACACACGAAUACUCCUAAAGGGCUUUUAAAAACAAUAAUAAGAAUACUUAUCUGACCCAAUUAACCGAUCUGGGUAGCUGAUUAUCUCUUAAAAAAUUUAACAUUAAAAGUAUUUUCUAUUUCAAAAUAAACUCAUCAAGGGAAACCUUGGUGGCUGGUACCCAUUAUCCACCUGGUAGUCAUAGUAAACAGCUGUAUGAUUCACAUUGGGCAGAUGCUUGUGAGGUUCAUGCUUCCUGUUUACAUAUUUCUGCAUAGCCUUCUUGGUUGGAAAGAAGUCCCACAUAUUAUGAAGAGCAGAGGAACGGUUAACCUUGGGCUUCUGAGGUUGACCAGACAACCUCUUCUGCCUAUAGUUAACUCCCUUGUGUUUUAAUUAAUCAUGCACAGAACCCUUUUAUUUGCAUAAAUUUAACGAUUUGAAAAUAACUUUUUCUUGAUAUUUUGAUUGAAUAUACAAGUAAAUAUGUCAAAAUCUCUGAAUCAUACAAAAAUGUUAAUCAUUUUUCUUUUAUUUGACGAUUGAAAUUGUUUACAAAAGAGAUUUUGCGCAUAACUAAUUAAAACACAGGAGGAUUUGACGCAUUUUUUAAAUCACAGGGGGCCAAAACGCUGAAUUUUCAUAUCACAUGGGUUUGGUGCAUUAAACCCCUUGCAGUUCAUCAAUAUCUUUCUUCUCUUUAGCCAAAAAAAAAAGAUACUCCGUAUCUUUCUUCUCUACCUCGCUAGUCAUCCGUUCUUUUCUGUUCUAGCAAUGUCGUACAACAUUCCUCUUAUCGCUUCACUACCAAGUUCUUUGGAUUCCAAGAUAAGGAUCAUUGGGGAUCCAACAGUCCUACUCUUCCAUGAAGGUGUAACAACUUUCCAAUGCAAUAGUGACCAAUUUGGUCAAGUAACAGUCAAAGCGACCCCAACUUGCUAUUCACUAAACUUGAGGGCUUCGUUUCUGUUUACUAAGAACUCAUUGUGUGGAUUACCAAAUAUCCUCAAGCCACUUCUUAUCCAUAAAGAGCAAUGGAUAAGCUAUUUCGUGUAUGAAGGUUAUGAAGAACUUUUCUGCGAGAACCACAUGACCAAAUUUUUCAUAAAGUAAGUAUUGUGAUAUUUCGUGCUAUUAAUUAGACCUAUAAUUUUAUAAAAUGUUACGAGCUGAGCUGUGGUUUGUAGGAGUAUUGUGAUAUUUUAUAAAAUGUUAAGUAUUUUAUAUAAAAAAAAAUCGGCUUUUUUUUUUACUAUUUUUUAGGGAACUGAUAGAGGCUGUGGUUUCUGUUCAAAGCAUUGUUGGUAGCCAUGGAGGGUUACAUAAAAGACAAAAUUUUGUCAUUUGCAACGGACAUUUGAAACUUGAUGGUGCAUUUGGGAGUCACAAUUCUUCAUCUCUGAGGAAGGAUAUUGAAGAUUUAGGACAACUUCUCGAGAAUUUGUUUGGCAGUACAAAUCAUGAGUGCCACCCAGGAAUGCGAAACUUAAUCAUCAUGCUCUUAAGUCAAAGAUCACCACUGUAUGCAUGCAUGUAUGUAUGCAUGCAUGUACGAAGGAGAAUUGGUUAAUUUGACUUAAGAGCAUGAUGAUUAAGUUUCGCAUUCCUGGGUGGCACUCAUGAUUUGUACUGCCAAACAAAUUCUCGAGAAGUUGUCCUAAAUCUUCAAUAUCCUUCCUCAGAAAUGAAAAAUUGUGACUCCUAGUUGCACUAUCAAGUUUCAAAUGUCCGUUGCAAAUGACAAAAUUUUGUCUUUUAUGUAACCCUCCAUGGCUACCAACAAUGCUUUGAACAGAAACCACAGCCUCUAUCAGUUCCCUAAAAAAUAGUAAUAAAAAAAAGGCCGAUUUUUUUUAUAAAAUACUUAACAUUUUAUAAAAUAUCACAAUACUCCUACAAACCACAGCUCAGCUCGUAACAUUUUAUAAAAUUAUAGGUCUAAUUAAUAGCACGAAAUAUCACAAUACUUACUUUAUGAAAAAUUUGGUCAUGUGGUUCUCGCAGAAAAGUUCUUCAUAACCUUCAUACACGAAAUAGUUUAUCCAUUGCUCUUUAUGGAUAAGAAGUGGCUUGAGG